CAGCAGCAACAACAACAACAACACUUACAACAGCACCAGCAGCAGACUGACCGCUUAGCAAUGUCUACGGGAGGUAUCGGACCAGCCUUCAGUCCUGCUGGUCUGCGUUCUGGCAAUGGAAUCCCUGUACCUGCGGGAACCAACAUGGCUGGUACUUCGGCUGCUGCUUCAUUCUUCGCAAGGGCAGCACAGAAGUUAAACCUCAGCUCGAAAAAGAGGAAACAACAACAACAGCAGCAGCAACAGCAGCAGCAGCAACGGCAGCAGACAUUUAUACCCGACCCUCAUGCGAGGGAGCCAGAGCCACCGAUAUUCCCAACAAAUUUCUGCCAGAUCAUUUCUAGAUCGCCGCCCCCUGCACCCCCUUCGCUUCUACGCAAUGUGUCGAGGGUCAAAGACAAUCCUGGAGUCGGAAAGGUUAAAGUCAUGCUUAGGGUUAUCCCAUCCAGUAAUCCUGGCGACAAUUCAACGUACGUUACUGUGGACACCAAGAAGAAGCAAGUGACCUUGUUUGACCCAACCUUCCUGUCGGGUUUCAUCACACCGGCCAAUCGGAGGGCAGGUGUAGCUGCACCAAAGAUGUUCGCUUUUGAUGCUAUCUUCCCACAAGAGUCAUCACAGGCUGAGGUAUGCUCAGGCAGUGUAUCUGAUAUUGUAUCCUCUGUAGUGAAUGGAGCUGAUGGAUGUCUAUUCUGCUAUGGACACUCUCAUCUGGGCAAGACAUAUACCAUGGUUGGUAGUGAUAAGUCAAAUCAUACUCUAGGGAUCAUCCCCUGCGCAAUCGCUUGGCUCUUCAAACUCAUCAAUGAGAAGAAGGAGAGAACAAGUACGAGGUUCUCGGUCCGGGUCUCGGCGGUUGAGGUGUAUGGCAAACAGGAAAGCCUUCGAGAUCUGCUGGUGGAACAGGCAAAUGGUAGCAAUAAUGGAUGCGGGACGUCCCCCGCCCUAUACCUUCAAGAAGACCCAAUCUGUGGCAUACAGUUACUGAAUCAGAAUGAACUAAGAGCGCCCAAUGCAGAGAAGGCUGCUUUCUACCUAGAUGCUGCUAUAGCUGCAAGGAUGAACAAAGCCAGCAAAGAGGACCCAGAAGACAGCAAGUAUUCCCACAUGCUCUUCACGCUUCAUGUCUACCAGUAUCGCAUCGACAAAUCAGGCAAAGGUGGUGUCAUCGGUGGUCGCAGUCGCCUUCACUUGAUAGACCUCGGGAGCGGAGACAAAAGCGGUGGGAAGAUUGUGAACGGUGUGGCUCUCUCCUACUCGGCUCUGGGGCAGGUUAUACUCGCUCUACUUAACAACCAGAAACACAUCCCUAAUAAGGACAGCAAAUUGACGAGAAUCUUGCGGGAGGCGAUGGGUAGUUUGUCUUGCCGGACUGUGAUGAUAGCUCAUGUAUCAGCCGCACUCCAGACGUAUUCUGAGACACUCAAUACCAUACAGCUCUCCUCCAGGAUCCAUCGAAUGAGGAAGAAGAAAUCCAAGUACUCUGGUACUAGUUCAUCAGGUGGAGAGAGUUCAUGUGACGAGGGGCGUAUGCGUCGUCACGCUCGACCACUCCACUCCAGGCAUCAAAACAGCGGCAUGCAAGUCACCAACGCCCUCAACCAAAGUGAACCAGAGUAUCUGUCCAGCAGUGAGCAAUCCUGUGAUACCGUUAUUUAUUGCGGUCCGGACGGAGUAGCGUUAAGCGACAGGGAACUUACAGACAAUGAAGGACCCCCUUCUCAUGUUCCAAUUUGGAGACCUCCAAUUAUUGAGUCAGACGAAGAGGAGAGUUUAGAAACGCCCUGUAUACCAAAGGACUCAGAGACACCUGUAAAGGAUGGUAGAGAAUCCCCUAUAUAUGAGGUGAUUGAGCCCGCAAGACCUCAGUUACCUUGCAGGACAUCUUCCUCACCAGAACAAUCAUGUCAGGAUCAGGGAACUCCAACUUCCAAAAUUCCUGUUUGUUCAAGUCAGGGUAGGCAGAGUCCAGUUAAGAAAAGUGGGCUACCGUUGCCGUUGUCCAGAAGACUUUCACCCAAGACAACCUCAGAGAACACUAACCAUGGACCUAAAUCACCAGCUUCACCCUUGAAAGGAGAUGUGCACAAAGCUACCAAUGACAGCUCAACCAAACAACCCGACACUUGCAAGCCAGUACUGAAACAAAGUGGACUACGACCCCCAUCAGAAAUACAUAGCAACAAAACCAGGUCGAAUAUUAUCACUAAGCCCCUUGUCCCCCCAAGGAGAACUCCUGCUUUGAAUAUGAUUGUUAGUUUGGAGACACAGGGAGGUUCAGAAGAGCUGGGAUUACCAACAGUACUAGAGAGUCAGGAAGAUGAAGCUGGAGAAAAAGAAACGCCGGAUGAAACAGCAUCUUCAGAUGACUUAACAACGACCGUUCUUGACCAGGUUCAAUGUCUUCAAUGGGAAGAAGAUGUUGAGAAUGAAAAUGAAGAACCCUCGAAAGAGGAGCCCAGAGAAAAGGAAACGACCAAGGAUGAUGAGAAGAGAAUUCAAGCUGGAAUGGCCCAACAUAAAGACCUACCUCCAAUCAUUCCACCGAAACUCUUCCUCAACUACUCCACCAGCAAGAACCCGCCCCCUUCUCCAAAACCACAAAUCAACAAGCCCUCGCAGCCCUGCAUGGAAUCCGAUGAAGACGACGAACUGUCUGAGUUGCGUAAUAUGGAUAAGAGUCUGUGUUCCCAGCUCAAGGCAGUUGAGCCAGAAACCCCUGGUGCAGAAAGCUUGAAGGAUGGAGACUUCCUUGAGGGCAUCAAUCAGAAGAUGUCAAUAAGAGAAAGGUUGAUGCUGAUGCACAGUAACCUUGGUGGCUCUGAUACAGACACCAUCUUGAAAUGUCUUGGUUCUAUUGAUAAUAUUUCUGAUAUGUUAGAGAAGCCCGUUUCAGAGGUGUCAGAGGACGACUUCUCUAUUGCCUUCUCAGAGCAAGACACGAUGAGCUUCGUCUCCCAGGACACAACUGGAGCUAUCUCUUUUGACGAUAAUAUGACCUUGGAUGACCUUCCCAUGGGAUCGGAGGCAAUCUGCUGCAUCAAGGAGAUGGAGCAUCGCUCUGUUGAUUCCUUCUCAGAAAACUUCUCUCUGAGUUUAAACGAGGCCAGCGUAAACGGUUGCGUCAAUGAACCAUACUUGCUUUUAGGUAUGGAGGACAGAGCAAAUCUCAGCAUGGGUAACAUCGGCCAUUAUGUCUACUCUGAUGAUGAGUCAGAGAUUGUUGAGAAUAACGGGGAGAGGCAGAUCCGAAGAAGGCGGCGUUCGGAGCAUCAUUCCGAAAACUUGGAUUCAAUUUCCCUGGCUAGCCACGACCUGGAAGCCAUCAAAUCUAUGUAUGUAAUUUCCAGUCUCAACUUGGAUGAUAUCUCUCUCUUGGAUGAUGAUCUCUUAGACGGCUCUGAGAUCACCAUGCCUGAUAUGCAACUAAAUCAAAGCUACAUGGAUGAGGAGGCUACAGUGGUAACCUACAUGACCAUCAAUGGUGAACAAGUUGUGAUGAGGGAAAAGCAUCUCGCUAUCGACCAUCCCCUAAGGAGACUCAGUUGUAUCAGCGAUGCAACGGAUGCCACCUUCUCAACAACGUCGCGGCCGGCAAGUUUCAUGGAGCAAGAUGACGAUAACACAAUUGUGGAUGAAACCGGGGAAUCCACCACUGAUAAUUCCACCAACUCUCAGUGGCUUUCAAAAAACGGCAGUCCGCCCGGCCUGAGGGACGCUAACAGGAAUUGGAACUGUAGCUCAGGCGGGGCGGCGGGAAACCAAGUAUUCAAUCUGAAUCAUCAAGUCCGAGGAUUCACCAACGGUUUACAUUUGAGAACUGAACGGGGAUUGGGGACGCCACAAGCAUACAGUCCUCUCUCAGGGUUAAAUUAUAGGCCAAGUGGGACCCCGAAUGCAAUUCAGACCAGACCGGACCGUCAGGCAGAGUCACCAGUGUGGCAAAGAAUGGAAGGAGUAGUUCCUGAACAGCAACAGUCAAAAAACUUUCAAAUGCUGCCGAAUCAAAAAAACGGCAGCAGUAACAGAACAAUGUCCCACUUGAGGGAGAUCAAUGAGUCUGUUGUGAGCCAAUCCUCUCAGAGUAGCUUAUCACUAAGGAGCACGCAGGAUAAAGGGGUUUCGGUUACUAAACUGGCUGAAAUCGAAUCGAAGGGAGUACAUACAUCCCCACUUCGUAAACGCUGUGAUCCGAUUCCCAUGGAAUCGAGCUCAGUCAACCCCACACCUGCCUCGACAAGAUCGGAGCCUUCCUCUAAGUAUGAAAGCCCCCAGCAUCAUGCCCGCAGUUCUCGCCAGCGAUCGCUGUCCCAUCAACCCUCUCCCUUAGUACUCAGUGCUGCAAUCUCACGUGCAAAAGAAGCAAUGGAAUAUAAAUUCCACACUAUCAGCAGAGACUCGGACAGCCAGGCACGGGAUAUCUCACUCUUAAGGCGCCCGGACGGGGCUGAUGCAAAAGAAAUGGAUUCAGAUUGUCACUUUAACUAUAUUGCCAGCAAAAUCCAGCAAUACGAACUGUCGGAGGAGACUAAGGAAUUAGCCGAUAUUCUUUUAAUGAGCAGCUCGGAGCGGCCCCCUGCCAUAGGUGCUUGCUCCUCACCAGCCUUUGAGGUUGAAGUCAACCCAUGUUUCUCUCAGGAACUUGAUGAUGCACUAAUUAAGGAUGCCUUACAUCAAGACUUUGAUGCAAAGUCAGAGCAAGAGGCAAUGGAAGAUGCGGAAAGUUGUCUGAAGUGUCCUUCAUCGGAACCAGACAGCCAGGGGCAAAUGACCCCACCCCAAGUACCAUGCAAACCAAACAGAGGCCUUGUGAAGCCCAAAGUGAACUCUUACCUACCUCAUUCAGAAUCAGAAAUUCAACACACAAACUCAAAAAACUCUGUGAACAAAAGCACAGACUCCAGCAGGAUACCUGUGCCACCAAGCAAGUGUACUAGCAAAACAGAGAGUAGGCCGUUGAAGGGAAGUUUAAUUCCGUCAAAGACUGAUAAAAGUAAGAUUCCCAUGAGAUCCACAAGCUUGACCUCUGUCAACUCUCAAAAGAAUGCACUAAAUGCUAAAUCGUCUUCCAAGUCUAAGGCCUCAUCGGUGCUUUCAAAGUCAAGUCGCAGUGAUGAUAGUGCAAGUACAACAAGCAAGAGCAGUUCAGUGUCUUCCAGAAAGACUAUCCCACUGACAAGUAAAAUCCCCCAAGGCAACAGCAGCAAGCUCAGUCCAUCAGCAUCAAAGGCAGGGCAGAAAGUUUCCUCGCAAGGUACCUCGAGCCUACCAGUCCGGAACAAAACCCUAAGUAAGUCUGCGCCGUCGUUAACCAAAUCAACAGCUGCAGCAGCAGCAGCGGCGGCCGCAGUGGCCGGUUCAAAGAUUCCAACCAGCACUGGACCAACAACAGAACAGGCACUCCUGAGGAAUGUGAACAGCAGCAUUGCACAGCUGCAGCCUGGAAACCGACUGACCAAUUCCUCUGACGGGAGCAACGACAGCGGUAUUGCAUCCAGUGAGAACGUACCCACACCAUCUAAGCGUUCCAUCCUCUCACCGUACUCCACCGUGACCAAACCCCGGGUUCUCCAUGGAUCAAGUAGCGGACAUGGAAGUGAUAACAGCAGUACUUUAAGUGAUUGCCUCCCCUCUAACAACGUCACUAAGUGCCGAGUUGGCGGUGGAGCGAGCAGCGGUUAUGAGAGCAUGCUGAGAGACAGUGAAGCAACAGCCAGUGGGUCCUCUUGCCAUGAUUCAAUGAGUGAAUGCUCCGGUGGUCGACUCAAGAGCUCCAAGCUGCCCAAAAAGAAGUUUCCUGGAUCCAGACGUAGUCGCAGUGCCCCGCCACGCUCGGCCACGGACAGUCACCAGACCAAAACCAACCGAUGGAAAGAUAUAUCACCGAGACCAAAAUGUCACGAGGAGGGUGUCGAGAUUAAAGUGUAUGAAGUAGAUGAUGUCCAGAAGAUCCAACAACAACGACCGGAUGCAAUAAAGAGUGAUUCUUUAAGUGCAGAGGACAGGAUAAAAGGCCCCAAGUCAGAGCACACAUUUUGGAAGAGAUGGAGCCCAGCUCAUCCCAGUUCCCUAAGACCAUGGAGAAAGAGACAGCCAUCUUGGAAGAGUGAUUAAUGACGCCCUCUAUUGACUUGUAUCACUCAACAUCAUCUGAACUAUGGCCCAUCUGGAAUAGUCAAUGCACAACGCAGCCUGGAAGCCUUUCACACAUAACUACAUACAUGAUUUAAGGAGUUGAUGUCAUCACCUAGUGUGUUACUGUUCAACUUAACCACUGACCCCGAGGUCACUAUUCUCACAUGAUAAAAAAACAGAUAUGCCCCACAGACUCGCAAAGCUGUUUUCUGUUAACGUUAUUUACUGUGCUAGGUAAUCAUGCAUUUCUAAAACAAGGAACUUAACCCACUCUCUUUUGAAGUCACCUUUUGAUGCUUAUUUGGAUUGGAGAAAUAUUGGAGGUGCAAUGGUCAUAUACGAGGAAUGCAUAUUGGAUGGUAAUCUCACCUCGGAUGAUACUGAUAAGCCUAACUUUGACGACACUCUCCUGAACUCCUUGUCAAGUUCCAUCGCGGAAGUGUCGCGAGGAAAAGCUACCAAGUACCAAGUACUCUAUCGACUAAUGCUGCUUGACAGAAGACCUACAGGACAGGAUCCUAAUUGGCAUUUGAUUGAGGCAAUCAAUAAUGAUGUACUUGUACCAUUGACUUGUGUGAACAGGUGGAAUGAGGUACCAAAGAGCAAUCAUUAUCUUGAGGGUGUAUCCAGAGCCUAUAACAUGACAAGUCAUUUGCAGGCCUGAUAUGAUACUCCAUGGAGGCGAUUGCCUCAGUGCUCAUUGACUUGGUGCCCUUGAAAGGCUCCAGUAGAAAUGUACAGUUUCCUUAUA